AUAAAAACCCUGGUGCAAAUGCAGCUAACCAGUUUCUGCCAAAGCUAACCAAGAAGCACCAUGGCUAAGUUAAGUCUAGUUCUUACACUGUUCGUUGUUGUCUGUUGCUUCGGCAGCUCUACGUCUAAGGACAUCCUAAAAGACCUGAGACAUACACUAUCUUUGAAGCACCAGCAACAUUUACUGAAGAAAUUUCCGGGCAUAGGCACUGAUUUUGGGUUCAUAGUGGAUCCCAUAGUUGGAACCAUCAAGCGCAUGACGUUCAAAUGCGACGAAAGCAACAAAGAGCGUUGCGAUAAUUUCCUAAAGAACGAAUUGGCAUUGCUGGCAAAAACCGGCGAAAAACACAAACUCGGUGCUACCAAAGGAGAAGUUCCGCAAAAUUUCCCUUUCGACAGCAACGAGAUUUUUCUGACUCUACACACGAAAAACAACCAGAAUGGAAUUAAUCUGAAGGAUUUUGAUUUCGCAAAAUACAAUGUCAACGUAUCGACUAAGUUAAUUACACACGGUUUUCUGUCGUCAGGAGCUUCCGAAACUUGCGUCGACAUCAAAAACAAUUACCUGAAAAACAACGACAUUAACGUUAUAAUUGUAGAUUGGGGCAAAAUCGCAAAUAACGCACUUUACCCAAUACCUGCUACCCGAACGGGCGAAGUAGCCGAUUACGUCUCCCAAUUUUUGGCUUUCUUGGUCAAUGAAGUGGGAGUCAAAGAGGACGACAUCCACUUCAUAGGGCACAGUCUAGGAGCUCAAACUGCAGGAUUCGUCGGCAGAAGAUUGGCUGUAAAUUACGGAAUUCACCUUGGACGUAUUUCUGGCUUGGACCCCGCUGGUCCUAUGUUCACUAGUAUUCACAUUAACAAGGAUGACGCCAAAUUCGUGGAUAUAAUCCACACGGAUCGCGGCGUCUUCGGCUCCCCCUUAAACCUUGGUCACGUUGAUUUCUAUCCGAAUGGAGGUGAAAGUCCGCAACCCGGCUGCGAAACAGUCAACAUAAUGAGUGAAGACAUUUGCAGUCACGGAAAAUCUUGGGAAUACUACGCUGAAACCGUUCUGAAACCCUACAAAUACCUUGCGUCCUGUUCGGGCAACAAAAACUACCCGAUGGGAGCUGAUGCGCCCAGUACUGCCAGAGGAAAAUGCUCCAUCGACACCGAUCCUGACAAUGUGGACGUGUCAGUUUUCUCCAAAUUAAUCGAUAAAUUAGAUGAUGCCAUCGAAAUUCCACAUGAUAUCAUUGGCGGAAUUUUCUCCGGUUUCUGAAAACUUAGCGUAAGCGAUAAAUAUGAUGAUGAACACGUGAAAUAAUAAAAUUUUCUUCAUAACGUUAACAUAUUUCCUUUUCUAAGUCUACCUUGCACUUGAUUAAAACGAUUGGUACUUUUACAUA